UUUUUUUUUAUUUUUUGCGCAGAAAAGGGGAGAAACUGAGAAAGAGGGGAAGAGUCGCUUCGUUUCAUUUCAUAGUCUUCUCUGAAGCACAAAUCUCAAGCAAUAAUUUCUUUCUUUUUUAGUUUCAUUUUUUUAAUUAAUUUUUUCAUCUGGUAUUUAUUUAGUAUAUAAGGAGAAGGGGUUUUUGAGGGACUAUACUAAUUAUCUAUCAUAAUUAUUGUACUGUUAUUAAUCACUUACAACGGCUCUUUCUGAAGUUGGGAGAUUUUGAUUUCUGGGGUGGAAAAGUUGGUUUAAUCAUAUGGAUUUUCACAAUGAUAAGGAGUCAUGGAAAUGGCCGGGGGAAGAAUAUCUUCUUAAGAAAGAUCCUAUUCGUGAUAUAGCUAAGACCAAAUGUAUGUUGAAUGGUGUGAGUGUAUCCCAAAAUCAAGAAGAUAUCUCCUACAUGUUUGAGGAAUCAACUCCGAUUAAGGCUUGUGGUGACUUGGCUUACCAAUUUGAUAAUUCUGAGGUAAUGAACAAGACUCCUGAAGAGUGUAAGGAGUACAAUUCUCAAGUAAAGCGGCGGCGUGUGCUGGACUUUGAUAAUACUGCUGAUGAUAUCUCAUCCUCAUUUCUCAAAUCUAAGGAAAGGAUUGAUUCUUUUGAUGACAUUGAUAUACUACCUGAAAUCUCACAAUGGGAAGCUUGUUUGCAAGAGGAUUUGUGUUUUGAGGAUUUGGCUCAAUCUGAAGCCUGGCUUGCUGAUUGCCUUAUUGACACCGACAUGAAUAUUAGCUCUGAUGAUGGGAAUGCAGCAGUAUCAUCUGAUAUUCAAAUGGGUGCAAACGAGGUUUGCAAUUUCACACCUGAUUCAGUACCCUGUAUGUCUCAACGACAUGUUAGAAGUUCUCGAAAUGUUACUUUCAAAGGUAGGAAAUCUGUUAUGCGAGCACCGGCAAAACUUGCUUCAUCUGUCGCCUAUCCAUUUGAUUUCAUUAAACCCUCUGGAGUUCGUGGAGAUGUGACUCUUAAAGAUAUAAAUCAGCGGAUACUUACUCCACCUCCAUCGAAAUCCAAGGAAGUUAAGGAAGAUCCUGUAUAUCCUACUUCAGCCUUUUCUGGGAAACCUGUUGUUGGUAAAACCAAAAUCCCCACUCAAGGAGGAAAAGGUAGUAUCACAAUCAUGAGAACAAAAGGAUGAAGAACUUAACUUGUUUUCCUCCUCUUUUCGUGGCUCCACUUUGCUUAUUAUUAUCCGGGGGCUAUGAAUUGGGUUGGCAAUAUUUUGGAACAUCAGUUUAAGUUGUAGAUUUAUGGUUCACACAUUCGCACAACACAAGGAAGUGUUGGGUGUACGAAAAUAUGCAGCUGUUGGAAGAUGAUUCAAAGCUGAUUUUUGUGCAAAUCUUUUGGUUCUUCGGGGGCGCUACCAUUUCAGGGGUAUUCUUUAGCCUGUUACAAAAUGUGUAGCUUAGUUUUAUUUAUUUAUUAACCUCUAAUUAUUUUGGUAGAUUGUACAUGUUUAUCUAUUGGUUUAUGAAAUACAAAUUCCUGAUGUAUCUAUCAUCUUUUGUUGCUUCUAAACAUUGGAAUUGAAAUUGUGGAAUGAAUAGAAAGAAUUGUUAAGAAUUGUUUGUAA